ACGGCGUCGUUGAGAGUUAUAGGAUUUUGGCCGCAGACGGUGGUUUUAGCACUGUGAUUGCUAGGGUUUAGGCUGGAAAAGACGACGGAGUAAGAUGAAGCCGGUAGUAGGAACAGCAGUGUCGAACAAGGCUUACAAUCGAUAUGUCAAACGGACCUCCAAAUUCAUGGCUCAUGAUGAGGAGGAUGAAUGCAGCAUCGGUGACCGUAGCUCCAGUGGUCGGAAAAUUGAUCGGCGUCGGGAAACAAGUAGAGUCAUAAUCACAAUCGAGAGCUGUGGAGGUGCGGUUUUGAUUUUAGAAAUCUUCAUGCAAAAUAAAUAAGUCGGAUUGAAGCUUUGCUGUGGUAGCGUCUUUAUCAGAAAAAAAUAUUGAGGCUCCAAAAUUUGUUGGACUUGUAGACUUGAAUCAAAACCUGUGGCAAAAUUUUUAUCAUAAGCUUGGCGAGGG